CCUGCCGUACCGUAACCUCCAGCCACUAUCCACCACACGUUUUGUGCAACAGCAUCAGCCCGAGUGGGAUAAAACUUAAAAGUCGUCGACACCCCUUUAGUCCUCUGUGACACUCAAAUCCGCAAACCCGGACUUAUACACUAGAUAAAUCUGAUCAGAAUAAUACUGCAACCAUGGACGACCCCAAUGUGCAGACAUACGACAUCAUCGAGAGAGACACGGACCGCAUCGCCCGACUUCACAAGUGGCUGCAACCAAGCGACUUCCUCUCACCAGGCAACGAGUUCAUGAAGCACCUGCGCUCCUACUCGCCCCCCUUCCGGGCCUGGGCCGGGCUCGACGACGACGACGACAACACCACCACCACAGCCACCACCACCAACAACGACGACGCAAACCCAGCCCCCGGCACCACCCCCAGCAGCACCCCAACCCAAACCCACCACUGCCUCCACGUGCGCGGCGUAGCCGGCAGCGGCAAAUCCGUCUUCGCGGCCGACACGAUCCGCCAGCUCCAACAAGACUCGGGCAUCAACGGCGACCGCGACCGUGACCGCGAGCGCGAGCGCAUCGUGCUCUUCUUCUUCUUCCGGCAGAUCGUCGACAGGAACCACACGGCGCGCUACCUGGUGCGCGACUUCGCCGCCCAGCUGCUGCCGCACUGCCCCGCGCUGGUGGCGGCGCUGACGGCGGUGUCGCGGGAGCAUGCCGUGCGCGGGAACGAGAUGGGGAUGGUCUGGCCGGCGGUGGUGGCGGCGCUCAGGGGGGAGGAGGUUGGGGGCAGGGUGUUUUGUGUGGGGAUGGUGGGGAGGUUGGUUGCGCUUGCGACGCCGGAGGUUGGACAGGGGCGGAUGGGUGCUGCUGCUGCUGUGAGGGUUAUGCGGGCGCUGGGUCAUCCGGGCGUUGUGAGACUGCGGCUUGAUCCUGCCUUGCUGUCGCCGGAUGUGGCGCGCGACGACAAGAACGAACUGGCGCGUCUUUUGGCGGACAACCUGGCUGAGGAUAGCUUGGACCGCCUCCCGCGUACCCUUCGCGCCGUUGGGGUGACGGCCGAGCAACAGGCCAAGAUCCUCAUGUGCCUGGGUUCGCUGCUCUCUCGGAUGCUCGACGUGGAUCUCCGUCGGGGCAAAGACCUGCUGCUGGAAGACGAGACCGUGAGCGUUAUCCACCAUUCGUUCACCGAGUUCCUGCACGACGCGAGCCGGAAAGACGUUGCCGGUUCAUUCCCUGUGUUGGAAGGUGAGGCAUCGCAUGCCAUGCUUGCCGUGCUGUCCCUGGAAUAUCUUAAUGGUUGUCCUCCUCUUGACAUCACCAUCGACGACAGAAGGAUUCCAACCUAUCCCGAGCUUCACUUUCGUUCCGAGGAAACGGAACGCAGAACGAAGAUCCGCACUGACACAAGGCUCAACCAACCCCUCGCGUUGUAUGCCGUCGACAACCUGUUCUUCCACAUCAACAAAGUACCACGCGGAACGUCGGGUGUCCAGAAGCUGUUAGUAGCUUUGCAUCGUUACUUGACCCCGGACAAACCCGCCUUUCAAACUUGGAUGAUCAUGAAGUGGGACGGUGCGCUCACAGCCUCAUUCAAUAUCUUCCAUUUAAUCACCUCGGCGCCAUAUGGCGGGUUGGUCCCGGCGUAUGUGGUGGACUAUCUCGCCGAGAGGGAGCCGGAACUGCUCGACGGCCGUGACUGGGACGGUUUCACGCCUCUGGCCUACGCUUCUCGGCACGGCCACGCUGACUUUGUUGAAGCUCUGAUUGCCAGAGGUGCUUAUUUAGCGUCCGGAAGCAAGGAGGGAUCGACCCCUCUGCACCUGGCUGCUAGGAACGGGCACGUCGCAGCUGUUCGGCUUCUGUUGAAUGCUGGUGUCGACCCGCUUAUCAAGACAUGGCCCGUCUCAUACGCUUGGAAUCCCGAUUACAGCUGGUACCACACCUACACUCAGGAAGAAGCCGAGGAGCGGAGAGAGACUGCACUUUCCCAUGCUUUCCAGGGUGAUGAUAAUGAGGUGAUCAACCUAUGCUUACACCAAGUCGACAAGGUAGAGAACGUCAAAGCAAUUCUCGACACGGGCAAGCUGUACAAGGCAGCGCAGGCUCGGAAUCUUGAUUUGAUCAAAGGUAACUCGUAUGACCACGGGUUUGAGGGCGGAAAUGCCGGGCGAGGACCGACACCUCUACAUGCUGGACGCGACAAGAAAACGGCCGCCGAAUGCCUUCGGCUGCUCAAGGACGCCGGCACAGAUCUCAAUGCUACGACGGACGGCGACUGGCGUAUCGGCAAGGAGGUGACAGCGCUGCACAUGGCUGUCCAGAGAUCGGAUGAAUGGGGUUAUGUGUGGGCCAGUACCACUGAACCUAACCUCAUCAACCUUCUUCUCUCGGCAGGUGUAAAUCCCCGCGCGAAGACAAAGGAUGGCGAUACAGCACUUCAUUUGAUCAGCCCAGGGUGGCCCCGACUCAUCCGGUCUCUCGUUGACCACGGCAUCGAUAUCAACGCGGUGAACGCCUCGGGAAGGUCGCCAUUACUUGAGAUAACCGCGCGGCUGAAGCAUUCUCCCUCGGACGGGCGAAGGGCGAUCAAGGUCUUCAACCAGCUGCUAGAGCUGGGCGCGGAUGUGCAUAUCGCUGACAACCGGGGUGAUACCGUCUUCCAUCAAGUCAUAAAAAGCAUCACGUAUUUCUGUGACCCCAACCUCAUCCCUUUUAUCGAGAAAUUGGUUCUCGCCGGCGCGGAUCCGAACAAGAGGAAUAAGAAGGGGCAUCCGCCGCUGUGGCUAUAUCAACCCGCCGACGAUGACGACGAAGUGAAUGACGACGAAGUGCUUCGGAAGCUGGUUGAUUGUGGUCUGGAUUUAAAUGCGUGCGAUGAGAAGGGGCGCACAAUCCUCUGGGUGCUCCUGGGGCAGUAUCUGAGCGCACCACGGACUGUUGAGGGGUUAGUCCGCCUGGGCGCCGACCCGACGAGGCUCACCCACGAAGGCAGGACGCUGUUGCAUGCCGCCGUGGAGAGGCCGAACUCGUUGGAAUGGUUUCGCUAUCUGAUUUCGGCAGGGGUGAGACCAGACACGCGCGGCAAAAAGGGGGAGACGGUGAUUCAUGAGGUGUUCAGCAGGGAUGUUACGGCAGACGAUGCCCAGAAAGCGCUCCGGCUCCUGCUCGAGGCUGGCGCCCCGCCUCUGGCUAGGAACACGAAAGGCCAGUCAGUUCUGCACGUAGCAAAUGACUGGGAAAGGCUAGAGAUUGCACUCACCACUCCGGCAUUCAGCGGCCUCGACGUCAACGAGCCAGACGUCGACGGACUAACCCCCUUACACCAUGCUGUGGCGCUUGGGGAACGAGCUGUCUGGGAACUUGUCAAGGCCGGCGCUGAUCCAACCCUGCUUACAGUUGAUGGUCUCUCGCCACUGCAUGUCGCCGCCCGCCGUGGGGACGCUGGUGUCGUCGGGAUCCUCCUAGCCCUGUACCGUGAGCGAAACGUGCUCGGAAGCCACGUCAAUUUGCUCGGGGACGGCAGGGCCCCGAUACACUACGCGUGUCGGUCUGGAAGCCCAGAAGCUGUCUGGGACCUCUUGCGCAACGGGGCGAACGCUCGAACUCGGGAUGACAAAGGGCUGACUCCGCUACAUGCUCUGGUUGAAUUCGAGCCCCCGGAAGAGUUCAAUCCCACCGAGGACUCCUUGCCACGCGCGGGCAACAUCGUCGGGAUGUUAAAACUCGCCGGAGCAGAUAUCAGCGCCGAGACAGUAGUGCAGAGGAAAGAGGAGACAACGCCGAGAGCCAUGACACCCCUUGAUUUAGCGGUGGAGAGGAACUCCUGGGAGAUAGUCCGUCGGUUGAUUGCACAUGGUGCCGAGCCCCGUGACAGCCACAGACAUUCUAAAGACUUUGCAAUGGCAACGGACAAAGAGAAGGCCGCCGAGGAAGCCCGAAAGGCACAAGCCAGCGUGCCGGGGGUUCUGGGCCCGGCGGACCGGACUUGCCGAUGGCGAGGGCGGUGGGCGGCCUGUCUAGGGGCGAGGAUCUCAGUGGAGAAAGAAACCCGCUUCAUUGCUGACGGACAGGACAUCUUGAACAUCGAGUCCCAGAACGACAAUGACUGGACGGGAAACGACAUAUUGAGCCGUGUGCUACAGGAUGGCGACCACGACACAAUCAAGGAGUAUUUCGAACUCGGCGGGGACAUCUCCAGACUGAGCCAUUACCGAAUGGACACCUUCCUCCACGAUGUUGUCGAACAAGGUUACACGGAACUUCUAGCGCACUUCCGUUGCAAAGUAGACGAACUUGAGGCCCAGAAAUGGGUGCAGAAGGAAGAUGACAGCUGCGGGACGCUGCUCGGCACCGCUUGUCGCGGGGGGGCCGCACGGCCGCCCUAUGGCCACGGGUACGACAAGCUGCAGGGGGGGACUGGCUUACACAUACUCGCGUGCGCCGUCGCGUUUUGGCAGGUCGAGGCGCUCGAGUACCUCCUCUCUAAAGGGCCGGAUAUCGAAGCCAGGAACAAGAAGGGCAUGACGCCGCUGCUUGCAGCUAUCCACGAGGAGAGCCCGGAUAGGCCCUGGCGCGAGGAGACAGUGCGUGUGCUAUUGAGGCAUGGGGCCGAUGUCAAUGCAACUAUUGAGACGACGGGAGAAGAUGCAUCGAGUGGUUCUUCAGCGCUUGAGAUUUCGAGCAACCCCAGCAUCACCAAGCUUUUGUUGGAACAUGGGGCGAGGGUGGAGAGUUGCCCUGGCAUCCUGAUACGCGCCAUUAGGGAGUGGAUGGAGCCGGGAAUAGUGAAGUUGCUGUUGGACGGUGGCGCCGACCCGAAUGAGCUGCCGCCUGUGCGAAGGAAGCGAAGCGAGCACACCGACGUACAACCACGCUAUGCCCUUCACGAAGCCGCCCGGCCCGCGACCCGCCACAAUCCGGCGUUCGACUUCAACUCGCGGCAACAGUCCGUCAUAGACCUGCUCCUUUCACGGGGCGCUGAUCCCUACGCGCCGUAUCCGGACGGCAGCUUUGCUCUCCAAGGCAUCGUGGAGGACCGGGGUCAGGUGGACAGCGACCUCUUUCCGAAGGCGUCCGAGACGAACUGCAACCGCCAGGGUCAUCACGGACGGACGCUCCUAACCUCAGCUUGUAUCCCCACCAUCCCUCUAGGCCCUGAUCCUGACUAUCGCCCGCGUUACCCAACUGUGAUGCCCGACCUCGUGCAAAACCAGCUCGACGUCGGGGCCGACCCCCUCAUCGUCGACGACGAGGGCCGCACCCCUCUCCACUGGCUCUGCACCUUCCCCGGCGCCUUCGACCUCGCCCACCGCAACGCAUUCGCCGCGCUCACAGAACACGGCCCGGCGGCCCUCGCCGCGGGCGACGAGCAAAACCGCACCCCCCUCCAUCUCGCGCUGGCCACGUACGCCGACCGCUCGCAAGAGGACCCGUUCGCGAUCCGACACCUCCUCUCGGCCGGCGCGGACCCGGCCGUCCCGGACCCGACGACGGGCAACUCGGCGCUGCACUGCGUCGCGCCGCGCUUGGUGGGGGAGCCGAGGGGCAACCCCGGGGGGGGAGCUGCCGCGCUGUUUCGCGAGCUGGCCGCGCGUCCGGGCCUCGACAUCAACGCGCGCAACGCUGCGGGCGAGACGCCCGUCUUUGGGUUCGCGGCGGCGUCCGGGUGGGAGGGGAUAGAUGACAUGACAACGCAUCUUGAGAUGUUGGACGUGUUCGUCGAGCUGGGUGCGGAUUUGGGGUUGGUGGGUGCGAGGGGGCGGACGCUGUUGCAUGUUACGGCGGGGCGGGAGACGCCAAAGUGGAAAUAUGCACAGGCGAAAGGGCUUGAGGACGUGUUUAAGAGGUUGAUGGAGCUGGGGGUUGAUCCGCGCGCGGAUGAUGACGAGUUGCGGACGGCGAUCGAUGUGGCUGUUGCGAGGAACUUGGACGGGAUUAUGGAGGAUUCGAGGAGGAGGAAGGAGGAAGCGAGGGCGAGGCUGGAAAAUGGGAGUGAGAGUGAGAGUGACAGCGACAGCGACAGCGGCAGCGAUGUCGACUUUGAUUCAUUUUUUAGAUAGACGCCUAACUGUUUGGGAAGGAGGGCUUUGAGGGUAAGAUGCCCCGAUGUGGGGAGCAUCGGUUUGGCAUGUAUUCAUUGCCAAACUGAAGCAGGCGCUCAGUCUCGGGAAAUUGAUCUAAAUUCGCAAUAUCAUUGGUGCCGUGCCUGCCCGAGUUUAAAUUCUUAUUCAUGGUGGGAUUUAGGGAUCUUCAACCUUGAAACGCCGUUGGGUUGUCGGUCGUUGGGCUCCAUCUUGUGAGGUGAGUGCCUUCCGUUCGGGGAGGUUCUCCUUGCUGCCUCGUGGUAACAUGGAAGUCGGCUGUCA